AGGCAGCAUAAGUUGUGUUUUGGUUAGCUAGUUGAGCACAGAGGAGAGAGAGAGUACAAGACCAAACAACAGACAUAAACUAUGUUUUUUUCUGCAAAAAGACAUAACCAUGUUUGUGUACUGAUUUCUGAAUCGGGACAUUGGGGUGGGUGAAGUAGUUGACUACAUGACACGUGGUACUCAGAGAGAGGCUUAGGUUUCACUGUGAAAAUUGCGCCCGACUGAUUUUUUUAAUUGUUUGUUUUGUAAGAAAAGAAAGAAAAGGUUUCUUUAAUAAAAAAGUUGGACGAGAUUCCCAAAUUUUUCACCAGAGUGUGACUCGUGAUUCCGUCUAAAUAUCUUCAGAUUUCAGAUCUCAGAUCUCUCAAGUUCAACUUUUCUCAUUCAUCACGAAUCUUUUCCUCCACUCCCGUGAGUACAGAGGAGAUGGCGGCUAUGGUGGCAAAGCUUCGUUUAUCGGCGAAACCGGAUCAGAGCAGUGUGCGAUUGCCGAGAGUGAUCAACCUCUCCCGCGAUCCAACCACUAAAGUCUCGUUUCCACGAAAUGGAUCGGUUUCUUCACUUUACACCAACACCUCUUCACCAAACCUAACGUUUCCAAGCGCCGGAGGUGGUGCUGGAAACAUAGGUAAUCACGGCGGUGGAAGCGGAGGAGGAGGUGGUUAUGGAGGUUCAGGGGGUGAAGCAGAAGAAGAAGGAUCGUCUUCAUGGGGACCAAUAGGGAUGUUCUUACAAGGAUGGAGAUCACGAGUUGCAGCUGAUUCUCAAUUCCCUUUCAAGGUACUAAUGGAGAUGCUGGUUGGAGUUAGCGCCAAUGUGCUUGGUGACAUGGCUUCACGCCCUAACUUCGGAUUGAACGAGCUAGACUUCGUCUUCUCCACACUCGUUGUAGGUUCGAUUCUCAAUUUCACACUCAUGUACCUCUUAGCUCCCUCUGCAGUAUCUCAUGGCUCCUCCAAUUUGCUGCCUGGAAUCUUUAGAAGCUGUCCUUCCAGCCAUAUGUUUGAACAGGGUAGCUUCACCGUUAUGAGCCGUUUUGGGACUCUUGUGUACAAAGGAAUGGUUUUUGCGACCGUGGGAUUAGCUGCAGGUCUUGUUGGAACUGCCAUCUCUAAUGGGUUGGUUAAGCUGAGGAAGAAGAUGGACCCGAGCUUCGAAACGCCGAACAAGCCCCCUCCGACGCUGUUGAAUUCUUUGACUUGGGCAACGCAUAUGGGAGUGAGCGCCAAUGUGAGGUACCAAACGUUGAAUGGGGCUGAGUUCUUGCUGGAAAAGUCGUUGCCGCCAUUGGUUUUUAAGACAGGUGUGAUAGCUUUGAGGGUUGUGAACAAUGUUUUGGGAGGAAUGUCGUUUGUUGUAUUGGCGAGGAUGACUGGAUCACAGUCGGUGGUGGAGGAGGAGAAGACAGAGAUGGCAGAGAAGGAGAAGGAUGAUUGAAAUCUCUUAUAGAGUUUUUUUUUGUUGCUAUGUUGUUACUGUUGUUGACAGGUGGAAGGCACAAGAUGCAUCUUCUUGAGUUUGAAACCUUUUUACACGUUCUUACAAAAGCAAAAGACAUUUGUUCUGGUGUGUUUGUGUGUGGGAGUCUAAUACUUGUAUGUGAUUGGUAGGGUCAAUUUUGUUGUUUUCUGUAUCGACACAACCGAGAAAUAAAAUUAAAAAACAAGUUAUUACU